UCCGGUGAGAUGGAGCAGGAGCAGGACGCGGCGGGUGCGCCGCCAUUGCCAUUGAGGCGCGUGCGCGCGGACACGCGCCACCCGGUGUACCGCGGCAUCCGGUACCGCGGGGGCAAGUGGGUGUCGGAGAUCCGCGAGCCCCGCAAGUCCACCAGGAUCUGGCUGGGCACGUACCCGAGCCCCGAGAUGGCCGCCGCCGCGUACGACGCCGCCGCAUUGGCGCUGCGCGGCGCCGAGGCCGCGCUCAACUUCCCCGGCGCGGCCGCGUCCCGCCCGGCGCCGGCCUCGUGCUCCCCCGACGACAUCCGCGCGGCGGCCGCGGCCGCGGCCGCUGCGGCUGCCGCGAUGGCCGGUCGUCGUCCCGGAGAAUGCGCUGGUCAUUCCUAUCUGCCGCAAGCGGCUGCGGCGGCGAGCACGUCCGGGUCGGAGGCCGCGGGUGCGUCGGCGUCGGAGCAGCGGGCGGGUGAGAGGCGCAUUGUGGACGAGGACGACGUCUUCCAGAUGCCGCGGCUGCUGGAAGGCAUGGCCGAGGGGCUGAUGAUGAGCCCGCCGAGGCUGAGCCCCACGGCGGACGGAGCCGGGUCGCUGGAGGAGGAGGACAACGACAACGGCAUGAGCUUGUGGGAUCACUCCUGAGCCAUCCUGCCUGACACGCUGCAUGUAUAGAACCUGACCACGACGAGGCGUAUGUUUCUUUUGCUGCGGCCACGCCUACGUGAUAUGGUUGGCAGAGACUAACAGGGUAGGGGAUACAGAACCUUCUGUUGUAUGUGCAGCCCCUUUUGUUUUUUUACAUUUUUACGGCAAUGUUACUAGCUAGAGAAUGUACGUUGUACGGGACGCCGAGCUUGUCCUAUGCUGUGGUAGCGGAUCAGCUGGUACCCGUAACCAGAGUUACAGCGUAGGGUUGAUACUCUGCCGCCAAAUCGGUGAACACGUGUAUGUAUCUGCGGCUCCAGUACUGUACUCCCGUCCCCUGGC